CAGUUGCUUCUUUUAGAGAGAGAGAAAGAGAGAGAGAGAGAGAGAAUGGAACAGCUCCAUUUAUUUACUAGUUUUGUAUUGUUUCUGGGGGUGUUCACCACAAAAUUCAGUGUAACAAUGGCAGCUUCUUGGAUUCAAGCCCAUGCAACUUUUUACGGUGGAAGUGAUGCUUCAGGAACAAUGGGGGGUGCCUGUGGUUAUGGAAAUCUUAACACCGAUGGUUAUGGCACAAAAACUGCCGCACUUAGCACGGCUUUGUUCAACGAUGGCAAGUCAUGUGGUGGGUGCUAUCAGAUAGUGUGUGACAGAACCAAGGAUCCCCAAUGGUGCCUCAGGGGAACUUCCAUUACAAUUACUGCUACAAACUUUUGUCCUCCAAACUAUGAUCUCCCUAGUGACAAUGGUGGUUGGUGCAAUCCUCCAUUGCCACACUUCGACAUGUCUCAACCUGCAUUCCAGACAAUUGCCUUAUACAAGGCUGGAAUUGUACCUAUUCUCUAUAGGAAAGUUGGAUGCAAGAAGAGUGGGGGCAUUAGAUUUACCAUCAAUGGCAAAAAUUACUUCGAGCUAGUGCUCAUAUCUAACGUAGGGGGAGCUGGAGAUAUCUCAAAUGUUUGGAUCAAAGGGUCUAAUUCAAACCAAUGGGAAACCAUGUCAAGAAAUUGGGGUGUCAACUGGCAGAGUCUAAGUUAUUUCAAUGGUCAGAGCUUGUCCUUUAGAGUGCAAUCCAGCAAUGGAAAGAUCGUCACAGCUCUUGAUGUUGCACCUUCCAAUUGGAGUUUUGGCCAGUCCUUCACCAGCAACGUUCAAUUCUAAGUGAUUUAUACAAAUCAUACAAAAUAUUCAUAUAGCAGGGUCAGUCUUGGAUUUAUGCCUUGCUAGGUUGAUUUUCUCUGUUGUUUCCUCACUAUAUGUUACAAUGUUUUCGUUUCCGGUUGUGGCUCAGGAUUUUGCGGUGAAGCCCACCAGAUUUGUAGGUCCAAAUGGUUGGUCCGGACCAUAAUGCUACUUUGACAUAUAAACAGUCAUGUAUUCUUGUUCAUAAAUCUCACUUUGCUACCAUAUUUUAUAUUUUCUACGGGUAAAGAAUCAAUAAAGAAACUAAUAUUCUUCCUUUUA